GCCAUCUUGUAAGACGCGCUCAGCAGCAAUUCCAAUUGCUCGUCGUGUGGUUGUGUCUAUUCAUCGUAGUUGCGGCUUGCGGCAUCGUUUGCAGCGUGAGGUGUUUUUUCACACUAACUUGUUUUUCGGCUUCUCAAAGUGAAAGUUGGUAAAACAUAUCGGUUCGCCUGGAAAAACUUCGAUAGCAAUGAAAACUGAAGAGUCACAGAUGAAGAAUGAAGAUCGUGAAAGGAGCCGCGAACGCGAUCGUAAUCGACGCUCCGAUAGACAGAGCCGAAUGAGUUCUUCGAGCAGAGAUCGCAGCCGAGAAAGGAACGACAGAGCCGGCCGCAAAGUCUCCGAUCGUAGAAUUUACGUAUCGAACAUACCUUAUGACUUUCGGUGGCAAGAUCUCAAAGAUCUCUUCAGAACAGAGGUUGGCAAGGUGGCUCACGUUGAACUAUUCACAGACGAGAGCGACAAGCCACGAGGCUGUGGCAUCGUCGAGUUUGAAGAUGCUGAUUCCGUCAAAACUGCGGUUGACAAGAUGCACAGAUUCGAUAUCAAGGGUCGAAAACUAGUCGUUAAAGAGGAUUAUGACGUAGAACGUGACAAGUAUGGACGAUUGGCCAGUUCACGAAACAACGAUAGGCCAAGAGAGGACAGAUUCAGAGAUGCUCCAAGAGGUUCGGGCAUGGGAAGACAAAAUAUACCUGCAUUGAACAUUGGUGGAGGUAACAGUAGCGGAGGUGGCGGAGGAGGAUUGGGUGGAGGUGGCGGAGGUGGUAGCGGCGACAACAAAUUUGGAAACACUUACGGACUGAGUACACAAUUUCUGGAGUCUUUGGGAAUCAACGGACCAUUGGUCACAAGAGUUUUUGUCGCUAAUCUGGAUUACAAAGUCGACGAAAAGAAACUGUUAGAAGUGUUUAAGCUCGCUGGAAAAGUGUUGCAUGUCGAGUUGGGCAAGGAUAAAGAUGGAAAAUCGCGAGGUUUCGGUGUGGUUGAAUACGAUCAUCCGGUCGAAUCGGUUCAGGCAAUAUCGAUGCUUCACAAUCAGCAGCUCUUCGAUCGUCGUAUGACAGUUCGUCUGGAUCGGGCUAACGAGCCUGACAUGCCACCAAAAUUACCCGAGGGUCUCAAGGGUAUUGGUAUGGGUUUGGGUGCAGGCGGAAAUAGACUCACCGAUGUUGCGCGAAACAUUCCUAAUGUUCAGCCGAACAAUCCUCCUGUCGUCAAUCCAAUCUCUACCCCGGUUUUAACAGCGACUAAUGCGUUUGCCGGUGGCCUCAAUAACGUUGUACCAGCACAACUCGCAUCGGCCCUGACGAACUCCAAUGCGGCGGCUAUUCAAGCAAGUCUCGCGGCGGGCAGUUUGGGAGCGAAUCUUGCAACGAAUUCGCUGCUCAAUUCAUCGUUGACGAACGAGCUUGCCUCGAAUUUGAACAAUUUCGGUGGUGGUGUAGGAUUGUCAAGUCUACAAGCCUCACUGGCAAAUAGUCAAGCAAACAAUUCGUUUGCGCCUCGAGGGAUUUCCAAAUUGGACGCUGAUUCCGGAUUAAAUUUUGGCAGUAGCAAUGCUUUUGGUAAUUCUAAUUACGGAGUCAACCGAGAUUUCGACGUCGGCGGCUUCAAUCGGGGAGGUGAUGGCGAUCGCGUUUCUGGUGGAAAUAACGUUUUCACCAACAAUCAGAACCAAGGAGGGAACAGCGGUAAUCGACAAAACAGCAACGGAUCACGCCCGAUGUCGGAUACCAUCCUUAUAGGAAACUUACCCCCAAACACAACGUGGCAAAUGUUGCGAGACAAAUUCCAAGAUGUCGGUGAUGUAAAGUUCGCUGAAAUGCGCGGUACAGACAUGGGGCUGGUGCGUUUUGCCUCGGAAUGGGACGCUGAGCGUGCAGUCACUCUGAUGAACCGAGCUCGUAUCGAGGGAAGACAGAUCGAGGUACGUUUCUACUAAGCUUGGAUGCAACACGAAGGUAAAAAUCAAAUGUUCAGUCAACUCACAGCAAAAACAAUCAGCAAAUUAGUUGAAAAAUGAGAAACAAGGAAAAAAAAUCAUCAUGCAAAUAUCGGAGGGUCGGUAGAUGACGUUCUCCCGUGCAGCGUUAAUUGGGCCAGUUGGAUAUUAAAUCGGUGUAUCUUCGUCGAGUAGUCGGCCCUCCUCCAUCUUCCCAGGACUAAUCAUUAAGUGUAGAAAUGUCAUGCGGAAUUUUUGGUAGUUGAAAAAAUGGGUGAACCGGUGGUCGCAGCAGUUUCGCAGAGACAAAAAAAAACAAAACAAAAAAAGAAAGAUCCGAAAGAUUGACUACGAUAGAAAGAAUCAAGAAGAAGAGACGUUGACUCGACGUUACUUUCAUCGUUCUCGUUCACCAUUGUUUUCUCGUUUCGUCAACAGAUCCACGUUCAAGGAAAAUAUUUCACUACCCUACAGAUGUAUCAACGAUAUUUUAUAUCGUGCGAUCCGUGACGGUUAUCUACUUUCGCGGUUAAUUCCUAUCUUAUCAUUAUUAUGAUUUUAAACAAAAAUAUUUGUUUGUUUCCAGCAAUCGACUCAUUAAUCGGUCUUAGUCUUAGGUUCGUAGCGCUCUACACGAUAUAAAAUAGGUUUCAUUACAGUAGGCAAUUGUUCUUGGACACCUCUUUACUCAAUCUAGUUUUUAAGGUUUACCCUCCGUAGACGUGUCACGCAUUGUUUGAGAACAAGAAAGAAAGAAAAAGAAAAUGCGAGAGGAGUGGACGAGCCUUGAGGGGAAAGUUCGCCAGAGUACGGAAGAUUCUUUGUCUUCUCCUAAUUCAUUACAUUUCCGAUGCUCAUCCAAAUGUCGAUCUAAUCUUCUUCGCGUCUGCCGUAUUUAUUUGCAAUUUUCAUUCGUCAAAUUCGAUUUCUCGCCGCGCUAUAAAAUCAAGUACGAAUAUUAUCUUAGGGAAAUGACGAAUCGGUUCGUAUCGAUGGAAUAUUAUUAUUUUUUCCAUGCUUUUCAUUGAGCGUGAGUGAACGUCUUUUAUUUUUCUAAUCUCGAACCUUGUCUUCUCAACUCGAGAAAUUUCAAGAUUGAUACGUCGAGGGAUCAAAUUUGUCCAUCGUAAAUUUUCAUCGACUAAAUUGUGCUUAUUUAAUGGACUACUUUUUUUUUUUUGGGGAAUUAUGAGAAUCGUAAUGGAAUGGUGAAAAGUUUUUUUACGCGAGGAAACAUGUGAAUGUCACGUGGUUCGAGCUUCGAAAAGGAGAAAUAGUAAUUUGUCAACUUGAGUGUUGAUUCGGCAAGAAAAUAACGUUCGUACUUUCGUGUAAAGGCUAAAAAUGUAUUUGUCGCGAGAGCGAAUUUAUGCUUAAUUUUUUUCUCUCAGGAGAGUUCACCUCGAUUCGUUGAUUUGGACGAUUAUUCGUAUAUCAAAGAAAAAGAGUAUCUUUCAGCCAGUGAGUGAAGAUUUCUUUGCCGUUUUCCUGGACGUACAAAAUUUGUCAACUAUGAUAGUUUUGUAUUUUUUUUUUUUUUUUUUUUAACUAUUAAUGAAAUAAUGACAAGUUUUAAUAUCGGUCGAUCGCGCGAAUUUUCGCGAGGUUGGUUGGUCCACUUUGUUUCACACGAGCUCCAGAAGCAUAGAAUUUGCAAUUGUUUUUUCUUUCUCUCUCUCUCUCACUCUCACUCUCGUUUCUUGUGGUGAGCGAUAAUUUUUCUUCCGACGAACUCUCGAGAGGGCAGUUUUUUUGUGCAUUGUAUAACCCUUGUAUAACCACGUGAUCUUGAUCAGUGAUUGAAUAAAAAUCAGAUUCAAUUUGA